AUGGUCCUUGUCCCACUAGCUCAUGAAGUAUCCCUCGGCCUUGACCCCUUCCGGACGAGCGCGCCAGUCGAAGGCAUCGGCGGCUGCUUGCUUAUCGCGCCGUACGAGACGACAUGCGCACCCAGCCCGAGUAGAGCGUCGUCGGUCCCGGGACGCAGUUCAACGGUAGACGCGGCGGCUACGCAAGUCAAUGAGGGCCUUGUCAUCGAGCUUGCUGUAAGGGAGGAGCAAGGCGCUAGGGUGCUGCUUCGGAGGAAGUCCGACUCUGGCGAGAUUGACGGUCCGAGCGAUGUGGAGUUCUACGUAGAGAACGCCCACCUCAACGAAAAUCGUUUGCUGGCUAAGCUCGAGGAGCUUUUCUCGACAACUCUUGGGCCAACCGUUACCGCAAACUCUGGAAGCCUUCGUUUACCUUCUAGCGAGAUUCGAGCGCUUUUGACCAGUGUGACGGAGCACUCCUCGGGUUCCUUGCAUGCAGAGACGAUAGCUACUCAUGUGCUACAGCUACUUCUCGUGAGAUGGCAGUCGGAGGAGGAUUCUUUGAAAGGCCUGGUUGACCUCCCAGCCGACACGAAUGGUGAAGACUUGGCAAUCGGUGGCAAAUGCGGAGAGGAUGGGGCAUCAUCCAUUACUCAUUCAAACUACGAGCGUGUCAUCCAGAAAAGACUAGAAAAUAUGGAUGCCGCAAUAUCAGAUCUAGACUGUGCAGUCUAUGAUAUCACGCAGAGCAUGAACGAACAUGAAGAAGAAGUAGACGGUCGUCAUCACGCUGUGAGACGACAUUUGAACGGGUUUGAGAGAAACCUAGCCCGACAACAAGCAGACAUUGACUCCAUGUCUAACGCAUCAGAAGUUUUAGGUGAACGGGUGGGAGCGAAAGAAGAGUGUAACGAUGAUCCUUCAGAUGAAUCGGCGAUGGAGAGACUAGAUCACCUUAUUCGCCAAGCUAGAUUGCAGCUUGGUGACUGUACCGGGUGCCUUUACCCCUCCAGUGUUCCAUCCAGUUCUAGUCGGCUAUUGAAGGAUCAAGCCACUGUUAUCAACAUGGCUCAACUCACGGAUCUUAUAGAACAGUACGUCACUAUUGGACGAAACCUCGAGUUACUUGCAGGCAACUUCAUUGAUCGUGCUGUGGGAACUCGAGAAUUCGAUGCGACGUCAACACUGCUGCUCACCAACAUCUCGCCAGGCGAUCAGGAGGGGGAAGAAUCAGCUCGUAUCGUUCAGCAUUCUCCGGUUGUUCAUCCCGUCACAUCGCAUGAAGCAGCACAGGCUGAUGCUAGUCGUGCCCGUGGAGACUGGGAUGCGCAUGCUGAUAAACGGGACCAUGAGGUGAUUCAUGAUUCAAUUCGUAAUGAAGGGAUCGUCAAGGACAGCCUAGCGGUUUACCGACUUGUAUCCAAGAAGUGCUACCAAGUCAUUUUCAUGGCCUUGAAUAUCCAAGGGCCCAAGAACUGCUACGUAAAUAUCGCUAGGAGUCGUGGAAUCGCAGGCUCCACGUGGGUUCUUGGACAUCGCACUUACAGAGAAUGCUGUGCACCCAUCUCGCCAAUGCACUCAUACCCGACUUCAGUGUGGGGAAUUGGGGUGGUGAGGCCGCUUCUGCGGGGGUCAGCCGGCAGGGACGUGGGCCGCGUGCAGGUCGGACGUGGAGAAGCAUUCUGA